GAGAGUGGCGAGUGCGGCGGCCCACCUUGAGAGUGGGCAGGUUCAGCGGUUGAUCCCGUCCGCGCCUCCGCGCUCCGCGCGCCGCACUCGGUCCUCUCGCGCCAGUCGAGCGUGCGCUUACGCAUCAUCAUGGCCGGUACAGCGUGGCGAUGUGUGUGUUUGACGUUGUUUAUUGUGACGGCGGAGGCCGUUCUCUCGGGGUUGUACAUCGACAACGGGAUCGAUCAGACCGUGAUCCAGCAUGCGAUGACACGGGACGAGCGGAUGGUGGUGGAGCAUGAGAUCCUGGAUCUGCUAGGGCUGGGCGAGCGGCCGCGGCGAACGCGCGCCUCGGCGCUGGACCGCUCCGCGCCCAGCUUCCUACUGGACGUGUACAAGCAGCUAGCUGAAGAGCACGAGCAAGCGCGCCCCACGCGGAGCUCCGAGAUGGCUCUCAGCGCCGACGAACAUCAUGCCAUAGACGAAAGCGAUCUCAUAAUGACUUUCCAGAGUAAAAAGCAUCACUUGGGCGCGCUGCGGCAUGAGCACGGCCGGCACGUGUGGUUCGAGGUGGCGGGCGCGCCGCCGUCCGCCGCGCUGCUCUCCGCAGAGUUGCGCUUACACCAAGCUCCGGCACAUACCGACGACCCCACGGCUCUGUACACGGUCGUCGCGCAUCGGGUCAUCAGCGUCAACAGCUUGGGAAAUCUACAAUUAGAGAAGGUAGCGGCAGUGAACACAAGCGCGUCGUCAGAGGGGUGGUUGGAACUGAACGUAACGGACGCGCUCAGCGCUUGGUUAACCGCCCCCGCCGACAAUAGAGGGUUUUUCAUUACCAUCCACCCGCACUCGCAGCCAGAACGUCACAUGAAACCAGAGGAAAUCGGGCUAGAGGAGCCUCGAGGGGCUAUAGUGGAGGGCAAGCAGCCCUUCCUCGUAGCUUUCUUUAAAAGCGGGCCCAAGUUGAGUGCUGCAGACGCCAGCGGGCGACGGAAGCGCGAGGCGCGGCGGUGGCGGAAUACGGGCUCUUCGGAGAAUUACCUGAGAAACCCCCUCACAGACACAUCACACUGGACAACUCGAAGUUGUGAAAUUCAAACCCUGUACGUCAGUUUCAAGGAUUUAGAAUGGCAGGAUUGGAUUAUCGCACCCGAUGGUUACGGUGCUUUCUAUUGCAGUGGAGAGUGCAACUUCCCCUUAAACGCACAUAAAAACGCCACCAACCAUGCCAUAGUGCAGACAUUGGUACACCUGUUGAACCCCACACAGGUGCCAAAACCGUCGUGUGCGCCGAUCAAGCUUUCGCCUAUAUCUGUUCUGUAUUACACCGAUGAUGCCAACGUGAUCCUACGCAAGUACAAGAAUAUGGUCGUAAAGAGCUGCGGCUGCCAUUAAAACUCUUUAAAAGUGUAUUGCGCAUGCAACAUUUUCUCAAUGUUAACGUUCUAUUCGCAACGCCAUUGUAUGGCGACGUUAAAAGGGUCCGAUGUACCUAUAGUCAAUCAGAAACGCUUUUUGUCUUCAUUAGAUCUUUAUGUUGAAAUAAAGGCAAAUUCGACUUACUGUAAAGACAUGGAUCAAUGUUGCUAUUUAUUAAUCAAACAAGCCUGAUUUUUUUUAAUUGUAUCUAAAUAUUAGGUACGUUUGUCAGACAGCUUUGUCCUUUUCACAUGAGUGUUGGAUCUCAAAUUAACGUUCUUUUUUAGAUCCGAAUGCAAAUAUGUGUACUGUGGACGCAUAUCAAAAUUACCUAAGUCGUCUUUUGUUAGAUACACUGAAUUGACAAUAAAACAAGUCCUUUUUCAGUUAAGCAAUUUUUUUAAGGUUCCGUACCGACGCGUGACAUUCGGAACCCUAUUAAUAAGCUUGCGCUGUUCGCCUGUCUGUCUGUUAGCGGGAUAUAAAUUAUAGACAGAAAGUUAAUUAUUUUACAGAUUGUGUUAUGUUAUGUAUGGAUAGCAUCCAAGUAAAAUAAAAUUUAAAAUGUAGGGUUCAGUAGGAGUGUAAAUUUAAUUCCAUAGCGUGACGUGAAGUACGCGUUUGCGUUAAGUGUCUUUUUGUAUGGGAUUUCGAGUUUUCAAAACCAAGCGGGAGCUUGGCGCGCUGUUCAAAAUCCAAAUCAAAAAUAGACAUAACCGCGAACGCACGUCACGCUGUCGAAUGAAAUUUACACUAGAGCAGUGGUUCCUAACCUGGGGGUAAUUACCCCCGUGGGGGUAAAACUGGUAUUUUACGGGGGUAAUAAGCUAACCUAAUAUAACAAUACAACAAACGUGCACGUUUAAUUUUUUUAUUACCAUUCGGAGGAGGGGUAAAAUCAGGUUCCCUAGUUAGUCAUAGGGGUGACCGGACUGAAAAGGUUAGGAACCACUGCACUAGAGGUUCAGAACAAAACGUUAUUUUCUGGUUUUUAAAGACAUGUCGUUUGGCGGGCUUUAGCUUACGUUUCGGCAGACAGAAUUUACACAGAACCUACCUAUUUAUUACGAUGCUACCAAUAUAAAUAAUCAUGGGGUGGUUUUAUUUUGGAUUUUAUUAUAUCUAUAGAUCAGUUAAGCAAACCGGUCAAGCCUGUGUCGGCUAGGUCUUAUGGACAAAAAUAACACAUUUUGAUAUGCCUACUCUGUGCGACACAAGCGUAAACAAAAAUGUCCUAACUGCGUAAGGGUACGUGGCACUAAAUGAAUAUGCCGGCGAAGUAUGCCCAAGUUAGGCUUAAAGAGACUUAAAAUAUGCGUGUAUGAUAGUAUCCUACAGGGUAUGAUAAUAGAGUAAUUAAACUUAGUGCCAAAUGACCUUCAAGCCUAAAAUUUAAAUUCAACUUUUAACUUUAAUCUAAUAGUAAUUAAUUAGUAGUUGUAUGGUAAGUUGAUAAACUUAUUUACGUGCCAACCAAUUGAAGUCAUUUAUUUAAUAAUGUUUUAGGUAGCUCCUAUGUAGCAGUAAGUUAAUUGUAUUUUUCAUAGAUUUGCAAUAAAAUGUCUUCCUGGAAA